UGCGGGGCUCGGGGCCUGGCUGUGGGAUCGGGGCCUGGCUGUGGGAUCGGGGCCCGGCCCGAUCGCCUCCCACGUUGUGGCCUGUCUGUUCUCAUCUCUUUGGGGGAAUAUCCAUGCUUCACCAUGUUGAGAGCUAAGAAUCAGCUUUUUUUGUUAUCACCCCAUUACCUGAAGCAGCUAAAAGAUACAUCUGCCUCUAGAUGGAACCGACUUCUACAUCAGCAGCAACCCCUUCACCCAGAAUGGGCUGGACUGGCCAAAAAGCAGCUGAAAGGCAAAAACCCAGAGGACCUAAUAUGGCAUACCCCAGAAGGGAUCUCUAUAAAGCCCUUAUAUUCCAGGGCAGAUACUACGGACUUACCUGAAGAGCUUCCAGGAGUGAAACCCUUCACACGUGGACCCUAUCCCACCAUGUAUACCUAUAGGCCCUGGACCAUCCGUCAGUAUGCAGGCUUUAGUACUGUGGAAGAAAGCAAUAAAUUCUAUAAGGACAAUAUUAAGGCUGGUCAGCAGGGAUUGUCUGUUGCCUUUGACCUGGCAACACAUCGUGGUUAUGAUUCCGACAACCCUCGAGUUCGCGGAGAUGUUGGAAUGGCCGGAGUUGCUAUUGACACUGUAGAAGACACCAAAAUCCUUUUUGAUGGCAUUCCGUUAGAAAAAAUGUCCGUUUCCAUGACCAUGAAUGGAGCAGUUAUCCCAGUCCUGGCAACGUUUAUAGUAACCGGGGAAGAGCAAGGCGUGCCGAAAGAGAAGCUCACAGGCACAAUUCAGAACGACAUCCUAAAGGAGUUUAUGGUCAGAAACACUUACAUUUUCCCCCCAGAACCAUCCAUGAAAAUUAUCGCUGACAUUUUCCAAUACACAGCACAGCACAUGCCAAAAUUUAAUUCCAUUUCGAUCAGUGGUUACCAUAUGCAAGAAGCAGGGGCUGAUGCCAUUCUAGAACUGGCCUACACCAUCGCAGAUGGCUUGGAGUACUGCAGAACUGGUCUCCAGGCUGGACUCACAAUUGACGAAUUUGCACCAAGGUUGUCUUUCUUUUGGGGAAUUGGGAUGAACUUCUACAUGGAAAUAGCGAAGAUGCGAGCUGGGAGAAGACUUUGGGCUCACUUAAUAGAAAAGAUGUUCCAACCUAAGAACUCCAAAUCUCUUCUUUUACGAGCACACUGCCAGACAUCGGGGUGGUCACUUACUGAGCAGGAUCCCUACAAUAACAUUGUCCGCACUGCAAUUGAAGCAAUGGCAGCUGUGUUUGGAGGGACACAGUCUUUGCAUACAAAUUCUUUUGAUGAGGCUCUGGGCUUGCCCACUGUGAAAAGCGCUCGAAUUGCCCGAAACACACAAAUCAUCAUUCAAGAAGAAUCUGGGAUCCCAAAAGUGGCUGAUCCUUGGGGAGGAUCGUACAUGAUGGAAUCCCUCACAAAUGAUGUUUAUGAAGCUGCUCUGAAGCUCAUAUAUGAAAUUGAAGAAAUGGGGGGGAUGGCCAAAGCUGUAGCUGAAGGAAUACCUAAACUUCGCAUUGAAGAGUGUGCUGCCCGAAGACAAGCUAGAAUAGAUUCUGGGUCUGAGGUCAUUGUUGGAGUAAAUAAGUAUCAGUUGGAGAAAGAGGACUCUGUGGAAGUUCUGGCCAUUGACAAUACUUCAGUGCGUAAGAAGCAGAUUGAAAAACUUAAGAAGAUUAAAUCCAGCAGGGAUCAAGUUUUGGCUCAGCGGUCUCUCGAGGCACUUACCCAGUGUGCUGCCAGUGGAGAUGGCAAUAUUUUGGCUCUUGCUGUGGAUGCAGCUCGUGCAAGAUGCACAGUUGGAGAAAUUACAGACGCUUUGAAAAAGGUUUUUGGUGAACAUAAAGCUAAUGAUCGUAUGGUGAGUGGAGCCUAUCGGCAGGAGUUCGGAGAAAGUAAAGAGAUAACAUCUACCAUCAAGAGAGUUAAUCAAUUCAUGGAACGUGAAGGUCGCAGACCCCGUCUUCUUGUGGCAAAAAUGGGGCAAGAUGGCCAUGACAGAGGAGCUAAGGUCAUUGCUACAGGAUUUGCUGAUCUUGGUUUCGAUGUAGAUAUAGGCCCUCUUUUUCAGACCCCCCGUGAAGUCGCCCAGCAGGCUGUGGACGCAGAUGUGCAUGCUGUGGGCGUCAGCACACUUGCUGCUGGUCACAGAACCCUCGUUCCUGAGCUUAUCAAAGAGCUUACUGCCCUGGGACGGCCAGAUAUCCUUGUCAUGUGUGGCGGUGUGAUUCCACCACAGGAUUAUGAAUUUCUAAAAGAAGUUGGUGUUUCUAAUGUAUUUGGUCCUGGAACGCGGAUUCCCAAAGCCGCCAUUCAAGUACUUGAUGAUAUUGAGAAGUGUUUGACAGAGAAGCAGCAAUCUAUAUAA